AUGUCGGUUGCUGACCAUGAUGCGAUGCAUAUAUACAGAAAACUGGUCGAUGAUCUCCUGAACCGAGCAGAACAAAUCAAACAAGAUGCGCAAAUAGAACCCCCUUUAACAGAAGCUCAUUUGGGCGACUCGAUAUGGGCGAUCCAGGGGGAAGAAAAGCGAUUGGUGGAACAGCUGAACCAGCAGACACGAUUUGCGGCAGUUGAACUCGCGUUCAGGGAGAAGUUCUACAGUCUCCUGGCGCACACAACAAUUGACGAGCCCUCGUUUAUUCGCAUGUGGAAUUUGCUUGACAUAAUCUCAAUUUUUUCUGAUAAUGGACAAUGCGAGCCCGGUUUGAUAUUCUGGUUGAUCGAGGAGUUGCUCGAUAGUCAAACCAUUGAUGGUUGUCGCAAGGUCUUUGAUUAUUUGGAGUCUCGCCGAGAACGGAAUACAAAGAAACACUUCAAGCAAAAGAGCUUGAUCAUCCUCAGAUCCUGCAAUGAGCUACUUCGGAGGCUGUCCCGGGCAGAGGACACGGUAUUUUGUGGCCGUGUCUUCAUAUUUCUGUUUCAGAGCUUCCCGCUUGGGGAUAAAAGUGCUGUCAAUCUCCGCGGCGAAUAUCACACCGAAAAUGUUACCACCUUUGACGAGAUUACCAAUUUAGGAUCCAAGGAGAGUGAGAUGGAUGUGGAAAUGCCCGACGCAAAAGAAACAUCAACAGCGACUGAACCCCAGGGGCCUGAUCAUGAUGGCCAACCACUGCCUCCAGCCAGCGAUUCUCAGACGCUUGUACAAGACCAAGCAAAAGUCCCCAAACUUGUUGUCUCGAAAACUAAAGACAAGGAUUCGGAGAAGACAGUUGAUUUAGACGCUCUGUAUCCCGUUUUCUGGGGCCUGCAAGCGUACUUCUCUGCCCCGACAAAAGUGUUUGACUCUCAGCAUUUCUCAUCCUUCAAGACUGGCUUGGAGAGCACAUUGAUUGCGUUCAGGAAUAUCAGAACAGACCUUGAGAAUCAAAGCGCCAGUAAGACAGCCGAGGAAAUACGGAAAUCUACAAAGCGGAAACGGAGCGUGGAUGGCCAAGAGAUUGCGAGCAGUUUCAACCCUAAGUAUUUGACAAGCAGGGACUUGUUUGACCUCGAAGUCAACGACACAGCUUUCAGAAGACACGUCCUUGUACAGGCGUUGAUUCUCCUGGAUUUUAUGCUUUCUCUUACACCGAAAGCGAAAGCAAAACUUGCUGAUUUGACGAACAAAUCGGUGCUUUACGGUUUUGUAUUGAACGAAGAUGAUGCCAAGUGGGCAACCAAGAUGAGGAAAGCCAUUGAGGAAUAUCUACAAGAAGGAACUGGUGGUAAAUUCUAUUAUCGCAUGGUUGACACCGUUCUUUCGAGGGAUAAGAACUGGGUCCGUUGGAAAGCCGAGGGCUGUCCGCUCAUUGAAAGGCCUGCCGUCUCAGUCGCAGAGUAUCUAGGUGCUCGCGAGAACGCAACAAAAACAUACGCAAAUAAGCGCCUUCGUCCCUCGCCUAUGGGUGCCCUGAAUCUCGACUUUCUGCUUGAAGGAGAGUCACUAUCAAGCAUCGAGAAGCUGAAGGAACCGGAGAGGUAUUCUGUUCCCUCCGCUGACGCGUUCAUGAUGGGUAUCAUGGAUGAUGAAUUAGACAUUGAUACUGCGCAAACGAAAGAAGACAAGGAAAGUGCGAUUCGGGCAAAAGCGAGUAAAACCUGGCGCAUUCUACGUCUUUCCGCCAAGGGCAAACUCGCGGCCUUUGACAAAAUUGAUGACGGCAAGAAUUUGAAGGCUCUGUUUGAAGCCCCGCAACCUCCCGAGAGCACCACUCCUCCUGCUCAUGAACCGGCUUCCCAGGCUUCGGAGUCCGCAGCUAAGGUGUCCAACGAUGCCGAACUCGAAACCACUGCGACGGGACAAGAAGAACAGGCGAUUGAAAAGGGUGCCACGACAAUUCCCGAACAGACACAAGGCGAUCUAAAUGAUAGCCAUCAAGAAGCAGUUCCCGCCGCUCCGCAGGCGACCUGA